UUCAUCCUUCUAUCUCAUAACUCAGGAGACACAAAACAUCUCGCUGCUCGCUCUUCUUCGAAACAACUCAGUCUGUGUCAGUAUGUUGGGAAACUUGUUCAGCAGAAAGUUUCCAGAAACCUUCGUCCUAACUUGCUCGUCCUCGUUCAUGCACUUGUGGAGGAGUUUGUUGUUAUAGACCUGGUAAAUACCUACAAACACACAUGAACAGGGAGAAGAUGAUCUGCAGCAUCCUGCUGCUCAUCAUCCUGACCUCCUGUGUCUCUGGAACAUUAGUAGUGAAUGUGACCCAGACCUCCUAUCAGGCAGAGGAGAACCACCACAUCACACUGGAGUGGACCUUCACAACCAACCCUCACACUUCCUCCAACUCUCUUUCUAUCUACUGUCAACUGUUAACUGAUCUCAGACCCUCAGUCCUGUUUAAUCUCCAUAAAGGAGUUGAGGUCCCAGAGUCUCAGGAUGAACAGUUUGCAGGACGAGUCCAGUGGGACAAAGACGUCCUCAGAGAAGGACGACUCAGACUUCAUGUGUCCAGACUCAGGACUAAUGAUUCAGGAGAGUACCUGUGUGAUGUGCUCACAAGUUAUGGGAGUAACUCUGGUAAAUGUCGGCUCAAUGUCACUGCAGCGAAGGAUCGGCCUGAACCUGAGACACCAAACACAAGAAGUCCACCAAACACAACAAGUCCACCACAACCAGAGAGUCGGGGAAGGAUCGGUCUCUACUGUGGACUGACAGCAGCAGCUCUGCUGCUGUCCCUGUGGUCCUGCUACACCCUGCUACGUGCUGCGAUGCCCUGCUGUGUCCGGCUGCGUCGUGCUGCGACCACUGCAUCCACCCACGCUCUGAUGUGCCCUGCUAUGACAUGA